ACAAGUGCAUUCUGGGAUGGAUAAUGGUGGUUAAGUUGCUUAUAAUAGUGUAGUGCUUGUAAUAAGUAAUUACAAAAACUGAUUCUAACUUCUAACACGUUAACCCGUACUUUAAUUUUAGAAUGGAAAUUGUGAUAUGUGAUUUAGAAUAGUCGUUUUUAGUUUGAAAACCUACUCUUGUACCGUUAGCAAGACAAGUUAAUUCAAAUGUACCUAACUCAACGUCUUCAAAAAACGUAAAAGUUGCAGAGAUAAAAGUGAAACCACAAAACGGCAUUCAAAAUACAGUUUUUGGGCAGAUUAGUUACGUAAUUGUGGUCACAGUAGUUCAAUUCGAUUCCAUUAUUUCAAAUGCCAUGUUCAUGUGUCAUUCUGUUUUUGUAAAGUAGCUUCUUACACUCAAGUUUGUAUAUUUAUUAAAAAUGUUUUGGAAGUAUAACAACGGAUCUUCAUCGCAAAUAGAAACGCUAUUGGCUAAAGAGGGGAUAACGUUAAAGGAACUGUUGAACGAAGAAGACAUUAUAAAUGAAUGUAAACUGCAAAAUAAAGCGCUAAUUGACUUCUUAAACAGACCUGAAAAUUUGGAAGAACUAGUAACAUUGGCAACUGUUGAGCCAUCAGUGGAGAUAGAGGAACGCACACGUUUCAAAUAUCCCUAUAUUGCAUGUCAAAUCCUAGUCUGUGACAUUCCUACUUUAAAUGAAGGACUUGCUAGUAAUGAGGCACUGCUGUCCAAGCUUUAUUCAUUUCUGGAUAGUGAGCCACCUUUGAAUUCCCUUUUGGCAUCUUAUUUUAGUGAAAUUAUGUGUGUUCUUAUUGCCAUGAAGACUGAACAGAACUGGUUAUCCCAUCAGGUAACUUGCUUACAGGUCAUAUAUUUUUUAAAGAAGAAAGAAAAUUUCAUACCACUCUUGCUUAAGCACAUUGGUACCUCUGCAAUCAUGGAUCUCACGCUCAAGCUUAUGACGCAGGUCAAAGGUACCGAAUUGCGGCAAAACAUUUUGCAAUGGUUAGACAGUCAAAAAAUAGUGCAAUCGUUGGUGGCCCUUUUGAACCCAUCAGUAGAUAAAGAAAGGCAUUACAAUGUUGCUCAAUUACUGUGUGAUUUUAUUAAAACAGCAAGAGACAUUCAGCGAAAUAAUACGGAGCGGUACGAGCCCGACUUGUUACUUAACACUGUAGAAUCAGCCGAAAUCAUAAUAAUGUUACUAGAUCAAAUACUCUCCAGUACAAAAGUGGAGAGUUGUAUAGUAGGAGGCAUCCAAGUACUUUUAGCCCUAUUAGAGUUCAGCAAACCGAUCGGAUUUCCCAUUUUCAGGGUGACUGAAGAAACUAGCGACGCCGAGUACAAGAAAAAAAUAGUCGAAAUUAUGAUGCCGCCCGUCCUCAAAAGACUUAGGGACUUCCAUAAUUUACUUGUAGAUCCUCCUAAGAAAGAGCCAAUUGGCAUGACAGUGGGUACACUGCAAGUGCCAGUUGGUAACACUCGUCUGAAGGUGGCCAAGCUGUUCGCAACCUUUAUUGCUACAAACAGUUCAGACGUAAUCAAGGAGCUUAUGAGUCUUGGCACAUUUCAGCUUUUACUCGAUUUGUUCUUCAAGUAUCCGUGGAAUAAUUUUUUGCACACUCAGGUUGAAGCUUGCAUUACCUCCGCUUUAAAAGCUCCCGUCACGUACGAAACAGGGGACGAUAAUGCCUUAUAUACACACUUAAUAGUUAAUUGUAAGUUAGUUGAAAGGAUUUUGGAGGCUUGGAAAAACAACGACGAAAAACAAUCUCAAACGAACGGUUUACGACAGGGUUACAUGGGCCAUUUGACAAAUAUGGUAAACAGCAUACUUAACUGCUGUUCAACAAGUUCGUUAGGAGAAUUCUUAAAGACGACCGUGCCCACGGUGGCCGAAGAAUUUGAGAAGUUCGCCGAAUCCACGCUUCAAGAAAUAAACAAAAAAAGGGACACAUUGCUGGGUGGAGCCAAUCCCUGCGUGACCAAUGAUGAUGGUGAUGAAUACGGCGAUCUACCAUUUACCCAGUCUAUGCUUUUACAGCAACAGGUUUAUGCGCAAUACCAAAUGCAACAAUUAACACCCCAGUUCAUCGAAAGUUACAGUGAUAACGAUGAUGAUUUCAACGAUGAUGAAGACACUUUACAAGCGAUAGAUGACAGGACGAACGUAAAUUUCGAUUUAUCGGAAGGCGAUCUUGUGCAACAACACGAAUUCUUUAAACAGAUCUGCGCCCAGAACAUUAACACGUUAGACGACGCUGAUGAUCAAAUUUUCGAAGACAAAGAUCAUACGUUUCAAACUGUAAUAGAGAAAAAGGAAGCGGGCGACAACUGCUCCGGAUUUGGAGGGUACCACAGUAGUAGUGAUAGCGAAGAUGGCUCACCGCCUUCCGAUAAUCCAUUUGUAGAUGUUGAUUCAUGGUUGUCGAAGUCCAAUAAACCAGGUGCAGUAGCACCAAUAUCAAUGCAAGAUCCAUGGAGCACGUGUGAAAAAACGGCAGACGAGGCGACGUCUGCAAUUACAGCAGGCGACUGUGGUACCAACAAUUGGGCCGAUUUUAGUUCGGCAACUUUUGCCGCAGUGUUCGAUGCCAAUUUUGAUGCACUUCCGAAUCGAACCGAGAACUCAAACUGUGGCACCUUUCCCAACAGUCCAGCAGUUGGAAAGGCAGUACUUGGGAACGUCGUGACGCCUACAACAGCAACGACGACGAUUAAUCUAGUAAAGAACGCGAAUGAAGAUGAGGUGGUUAGUAAAAGUAGGAGAGAUGCAGCUGAGACCGAAGUGGCUCAAAUCGUUGACCAGGCACUACAAGAAGUGGCCAAGAAGAUAGGAGGUCACGUAGUGGCAGCGGGUGACGGAGCCGAUCAUCGUAGUAGUAAUAUUGAUAGUGAACCGAAAAACGAGGCCAAAAAUGAACUUAUUGAGGGCAAUGACAGCAAAAUGACGAACGUGGAUGAUAAAACUGGCGCCUGUAUUAAACAAGAACCAGACAAAAAAGGCGCAUGAAAGGGAGGGUCCCGAAACAUAUCAUUUGGGAUGUAAGAACGUAAAGUGCGAAUGCCAUAAAGAAGAUUUUAAUUUUAGAUACGUUUUUUUUUUUUAAUUUUUGGUAAAUGUGUUUACCGUCAUCCCUGUGCCCCAGCCCUUUAAUUAACUUUGACCAUUUAAGUAAAUGUACUAUUCAAGUAGCAAUAUUAUAUUGAGUCAUUUAAAUGAAACUCUUUAAAAUAUGGUUAAUUUAUUAUUUUUUCGAAUUAGACAUUUCUGUUAUCUGUUUAUUUUCCUGUAUUUAUUAUUUUUUCUUUCCUAUGCAAAUCUUUCAUUCUCUCUGGCAUUUUCGUAUAGUUCUCUGGCAGUAUUAUAAGUGAGUAUACAUUGUAAAUUAACUUAAAGGAACAGUGCUUUAAUAACAAUAUUACUUAAUUAAAGAGCAGAUAUAAAUUAACGUUUUUCUUGCCAAAUGGACACGAAAGAAGGUGCUAAAUACGGAAAUGUAGCUUUUAUUAGUUGAACGGCGCAAAAAAAUUGAUUCGUGAAAUUUCCUGUUUAACACGUAAAAUUUUUAAAA